GCCCACGUCAAACUCAGCAUUUAGCGAGCACUUCUAGCAAUAAGUUAUAAAUUUUCAGUGACUAGUUUUUAAGAUUGCUGUCGUUCAUGGCACAUUACAUUUAAGUUUGGUUAAAGCUAAUCAAUUAUGGAUAGUAAGAAGCAAAACUCUGGCUUCGCCACCAAGGCCAUUCAUUCGAGCAAUAAUCCAAGCAAAUGGGGUGGAAAGUCAGCAUCAACAUUUAAGGAAAACCCUCAAGAUGGAAAAGAAGAGUAUUUGCAUGGAGGCAACUCGAACGCUACAAGGGAUACUUUAGAAAAUUGUUUAGCGUCGCUGGAAAAUGCAAAAUAUGGUGUAACAUUUGGAUCAGGAUUGGCUGCGAUUACGGCUGUAUUCAAUUUGCUGCGUCCCGGCCACCACGUCAUUAUAAGUAACUCUGUGUAUGGUGGUACAACACAAUUAGUCAAGGAAGUAUUCAUGCGGUUCGGUAUUGAAUUCACUUUCAUAAAUUUCGUUGAAUGUGGUAAUUUCCAACAAGUCAUGAAACCAAAAACAAAGAUGGUGUUCAUAGAGACACCAACAAACCCCUUGUUGCAUGUGUUGGACAUUGAAUCGAUUGCCAGAUCUACCCAUAUGCAGCCAGGAACCCUACUCGUUGUCGACAAUACCUUCACAACACCCUAUCUGCAGCGUCCCUUAGACCUAGAUGCCGAUAUAACCGUUACCUCACUAUCGAAAUAUAUGAAUGGCCAUUCUGAUGUUAUCAUGGGGUUUGUGGCAACCAAUUGUAAAAGUGUCUAUAAAAAGUUGAGGACCCUUCAAACAGUUACCGGAGGUGGUCCAUCUACCCUCGAUUGUUAUCAAAUGCUUCGUAGCAUCAAAACAUUGUCCCUACGUAUGGACCAGCACGGCAAAAGUGCUUUGUGCGUUGCCAAGUUCCUGGAAGGCAACAAAUUUGUGGAAAAAGUUAGCUACCCUGGCCUUAAAUCGCAUCGUCAACAUGAACUAAAUCGUCGCCAGUCCUAUGGUUCUUCGGGUAUCGUGUCCUUUUGGAUAAAGGGACGUCUCAAGCAAGCUAAUAAGUUCCUUAAUUCGCUGAAACUGUUUCAAUUGGCAAUCAGUUUUGGUACUUGCCAAAGUUUAGCACAAUUGCCUUACACAAUGACGCACGGUAAUUUAUCCCCAGAAGCAAAACAAAUUGCCGGAAUUACGGAGAAUUUAAUAUCCUUAUCAGUAGGACUAGAGGAUGCCCAGGAUAUAGUUGCUGAUUUGGAUCAAGCCCUGAAAGCCUCUCAAAAAUAAAUCGAUUUCUGUAUAAUUUAUUGGUUAAUAAGAAUGUUUGGAGUGGAUUAAAAACGGCUUGUAUUUA